AUGGCUGACCUGAACGAAAAGAAAGGCGCCUCUGACGGGGACGCCGCCUCGCACACGAUUUACGACACCAACGAGGCGAUUCGCUCAGGGUCUGAAAAUGCUUCAGAAAAGGUUGCCAGCAAUACCGAUGCCUAUGCCCACAUCCGGGACGGCAAGCUGGGCGAGCAGCUUGUGAACAACAAUGUUGAUGCUCGCAUUGCCAACCCGCUGGCAGGCAUUCCGCGCGAGCAGAUCAAGCUCGAUGCCAAAGAGUUCGCUCAGCGGUAUGGCCUCGACGAGUACACGGACAUUAUGGUGAAAGGUGCCCUUGUGGCACAGGACCCCUUCGCCUUCGACGCGGUCCCUGAGCUCGACGAAGCCGACCGCGAAGUGCUUAGGAGGGAGGUCACCCACAAAUGGAGCCAUCCAUUCCAAUUGUACGCCUUGGUCGUGCUCUGUGCCGUUGCUGCAGCUGUGCAGGGCAUGGAUGAAUCCGUCAUCAACGGAGCGCUUCUAUUCUUUCCCGCUCAAUUUGGAAUCGGCGACGACAAUGCCGAUCGCGACAAUUGGCUUCGUGGCUUGAUCGGAGCCGCACCUUACGUGGCCUGCGCCUUUCUGGGCUGCUGGCUGACUGACCCCCUCAAUGUAAGUUGAUACAUGGCCUGUCGUUUUAGCCGCUCUGACUUACCAGCUAUACCUGCCACCUGGACCAGCACUUCCUUGGGCGCCGCGGUACGAUUUUCUUCGGGGCCAUCAUCUGCUGCUUGACAUGUAUCUGGUCGGCCGUCACCAACAGUUGGCAACAUUUGUUUGUCGCUCGCCUGGUGCUCGGACUUGGCAUCGGACCCAACAGUGCCACUGUCCCUGUUUACGCUGCCGAGUGCGCUCCUCCUCUGAUUCGCGGAGCCCUUGUAAUGCAGUGGCAGACUUGGACUGCAUUUGGUAAGUCGGAUGAAGCGGAUUCAUACGAGCCCAAGAUAUCGUCUCGUGUUGCUGAUGUAAGAGUCCUAUCGUACAGGUAUCAUGCUCGGCUAUGUCUCGGACCUUGCCUUCUACCAUGUCAAGGACACAACGCCGAGCAUCACAGGUCUGAAUUGGAGGAUCAUGCUGGCCUCCGCCUGCUUCCCGGCAAUCAUUCUAGCCGCUCAGGUCUUCACCUCGCCAGAGUCUCCCCGUUGGCUGAUGAAGAAGGGCAGAUAUACACAGGCGAUGAAGAGCUUCCUUCGUCUUCGCAACACUCCCUUGCAAGCUUGCCGUGACUUGUACCUUGCGCACGUCACCAUCGAAGCGGAGAACUCGGUCCGGCAUACCCAGAGCAAAUUCCGUUUCCUUGAGCUCUGGACCGUCCCUCGCAACCGCCGUGCUAGCUACGCUUCCACAAUUCUGAUGUUCGGUCAGCAAUUCUGCGGAGUAAACGUGAUCGCGUACUACAGGUAUGUGGACUUGGACCAGCCGGUCUGGUGUACUCGCUGACGCAGAAAACAACCGACCCUCAGCUCAAACAUCCUGUCUGGCGCCGGUUUCUCGGACAUCAAUGCUCUGCUCGGCUCCUUCGGCUUCGGAAUACUGAAUUUCGUGUUCGCUGGGCCCGCUAUCUGGACGAUUGACACCUUUGGCCGCCGCAACCUUGUCCUCGCGACCACGCCUCCCAUGUGUCUGGCGCUUCUCAUGACUGGCUUCAGUUUCUUCGCUGAAGAACAGCAAGUCCGUACAGGUAUUGUCCUCACUGGAAUUUAUCUCUAUGCCGUGUUUUAUUCGCCCGGUGAGUGGAGUCAGAUACAGUUAUUUUCGCACAGGCCUUUCCUUGUGGCUCGAACUCAUCACCCUUCGUCUUGCCGUCUUCGCAAAUGCUUGUCCCCAAAUCUGCCCAUCGAUCUAUCCUCACUGUGUGGAAAACGCACUCAGGGAUGGGACCGGUGCCCUUCUCUUACUCUGCAGAAGCAUUCCCUCUUCGUGUCAGGGAGCUGGGAAUGUCUCAGGCGACUGCCGGUGAGUUCCUAUUCUCCUAGUUCCCGGCCUCCCGCAUCCAGCUCUCAAUCUCGUGCUAAAUCUUCUUUCUGCACACUAAAUUCAACCUCGAACAACCAGUUCUGUGGUUCUUCAACGCGGUCCUCGCAGUGACUUUCUUCAAGCUGAGGCAGGCCUUUACGCCCCAGGGAGCAUUCGGAUGGUACGCGUGAGUCAUCAGCUUCGGUCCGCCUUGGAGCUGGUCUCAUUCGCUUGCUGAGGCCCUUGAGCUCGUUAUACCUACCUCUUCCUGCCCCUCUCCAGAGGUUGGAACUUGAUCUUGUUCGCUCUCGUGUUCUUGUUCUGCCCCGAGACGAAGGGUCUGUCGCUCGAAGAAUUGGACAGCGUGUUCGCCGUUCCGACGCAGAAGCAUGCUGCGUACCAGAUCCGACAGAUUCCCUACUUCGCCAAAAAAUACAUUUUCAGACAAAAGGUGGAGAAGGAGCAGCUUUAUAAUUUCGACAACACCACCAAUGCUCCUCGCACUGCCAACCCUCUUUGA